AUGACGUCGUCUGGCGGCGCAUGGGAGGUGGUGGUGGACAAGGCGGCGCUGGAGGUGUCGAGGUUCCUGGCGGCGGCCACCGACCCCUUUUUGCCCGACUCCCGCACGGCGCGGUGGAUGCUGGCGCUGCUCGACGCGAGCUCCCUGCGCGACGUCCUCGAGGAGCGCAACGACGGCGGCCGCUGCGGCAUGAUUGGCUGCCCUGCCGGCCGCGGGGCGGAGAGCCGGCGGCACGGCGACGGCGGGUGCGAGCGACGACCCGCCGGAGCUGCGUGCGGCGGCGGCGGCGGCGACGAGGGCGACGAGUGGGCGGGGGAGGAGGCGGGCGCAUUUAGGCGGUACGAGCGGUACCGUGCGCAGCAGCCGCGGCGGGCGGCGGCGGCGGCGGGGCGCUUCUGCUCUCCCGCAUGUGCGGAGGCGUUCGAGGCGCUGGCGCAAAAAAUCCCCCCCUCGCUCGUCUACGCCCGCGGCGAGGUGGUGCAGGCCGUGGGGGGACUUUUCCCCAACAUGAGCCUUGCCGCCCUUCAGCGGCUUGCGGGGGCGGAGUCGACGUCGGUGGCGGACAUUGCCGAGCGACGCGUGCGGCAGGAGGAAGACGAGGGGCCACGGCCGCCGCCGCUGCACCCAUCAGACCGCACGGCAGCCGAGGCCGCAUCGCUGCGGGAGGCGCUGAGCGGCAUUGCGGCUGAGAGAGAGACGUGGCGCCGAGAGAUGCGGCAGGUGCAAGCCACAGGGGCUGACGAGGGACGAAGACGGCGGCUGCCGCUGCCACUGAUGGUGUACGACUGGUGCAUGACGAUGUCAACCGCGAGGACCAAAGCCCUCUUCGCCACGCUGUGCCGCAGGGGUGACCUGAGCAGCGGCGUCUGGAGCGACACCGAGCACGGGGCGGGGCGAGACCGCAGUUUGUAUGUGAAGUGCGUGGGGUCCAUCCGCAGCCGGUGCCUGAGGCGCGCGGAGGCGGCGGCAGGCGUGGAGGAGGCGGAGCCGCCUUCCGUGGACCCACAACUGCAGCAGCAGCGCCUCGCUCUUUUCGCCGCGCAGGUCUUUUCUGCCGAAACCACUGCGGCCCUCUCGCGUCUCCUCUUGUACGAUGAGGCGACGCUGCAGCAGGCGUGGGAGCUCUGGCGGUUGAGUGGCCUUCUCGCCACUCUGCAGUUUCCCUUCGCGCUGCCGGGAGCCCUCGUCGCCGGCGGGGCGGCGCCGCAUGUUUUGUUUCUCGCGCUUGUGAUGCUUGCCGCUGCGGGGCUGUGCGGGGCGGCGGCGUGGGCGGAGUGGAUGCGGGAGGACGCCCUCGGCGAGUUGCUGGCGGCGUUGGGGGCCACCGCGGAGGAACUCGCGGCGUGCGUGCAGGUCCUCGUGCUGGAGUGA